UGCUUGAACGAGAUUUUUGAACAUUUAGAGAAUGAAAAAUUUACUUUACAUUCAUGCAUGUUAGUUAAUCGUUAUUGGUGUGGUGUUUCUGUGAGAAUUUUUUGGAGGAAUGUUCGGAAUUAUAAUACUUCGAAUUUCAGUACUUUAAUUGCUUGCCUUCCAAUCACAUCAAAAGAAAUUUUAUAUAAUAAUGGAAUUUUUAUUUCAACCCCAACUUUAAAAACUCCCACUUUUAAUUACGCAUCAUUUUGCAAAGUUUUAUCAGUUAAUAGAGUUUAUUACAAAAUUGAAAAGCUUCUUGAAAAUCAACAAAAUAUUUCACCACAAAGUCUUAAAAACUAUACACCUGUAGUGGCGCAGGAAAUUUUUCAAAUGUUUAUGAAAGAAAUCUCUUCUUUAAGAAGUUUAUCUUUUUACUCAUAUCCAGACAUGACUUUUAACAUAUAUUUUAUUGGAGCAAAAGAUUGUUUAAAAAAUCUCACAGAAUUAUGCUGUAGUUCAGAUAUUUCCACCGAAAUAUUUUAUCAACUAUCUCAAACAUGUUAUAAUAUACAAUCUCUUACUAUAGGAUUUGAAAGAACUAUCACAGAUGGAAUAGCAGAUUUAAUUUCUGUUCAGAGAAAUUUGAAAAGUUUUGAUAUAAUGCUAUGUCAUGGUCUGAGAGUUGAUGAACAGACAAAUAUAAUUUUUUCAUCAUUAAUGUCAAAAAUUCCUAAUACUUUAAUUAAAUUAAAUGUUUAUGGAAGAAA